CUUUAGACAAUGAAGAGUGUAUCUGAUGUGCUACAUCCGUACGUAAAAUGUAAACAAAGAUAGAAUCUAGAGAUCGAGCUUUUAUUAAACUUAACUUUCACGUCACUUCUGAAAGUAAAGAUAGAUCAUCAUCAAGAUCAAUUUUGGUAAUCAGAUUAUUUCAGAGAAUGCAUACAGAAUACAAAAUAUCUGGGAUUUCUGUGUAUUUCCCAUGUAAGCCCUACCCUUCACAGUUCACCAUGAUGGAUAAAAUUAUCAAAGGCUUGGAUCGUCGACAGAAUUGUCUGCUAGAGAGUCCCACAGGAAGUGGUAAAAGUUUGGCACUUUUGUGCUCAUCAUUAGCCUGGCAAGCUGCAGAGAAAGAGAAAAGAGACAAAGAGGAUGACGAGGAGAUACAAAGAGCAAAUUGUAUAUGUUCUUGUCACUCACAAGCUACGGCUAAUACUGAAAAAAAGUCUUCAUUGAUUGACUUGACACAACCAGAGCCGUCGAAAAUGUGCUUAGAAAUUGAUAAUGAUGAUUUUAAAAUGAACGCAACCAAGUUUAAUAUUCCUGCUUCGAAAAAAAAUCCACUGAAACAUGUCAGCAUAGCCUAUGAAGAAGACAAAUCAGAAGACAACGGGCUCCAGAAAAUUUUACAAACUGUUGAUGCCAUUCUGGGCGUUAAAAAAGUAGAGGAUGUUAAAUCUGUUGCAGCGCCAGAAUGUCACCAGUGUCUGCAGUGCCCCUGUGAUAGUCCAGAGGGGAAAAGCAAAGUAAAAAACAAACUUUCAAAAAUCUAUUUUGGUACCCGCACUCACAAGCAAGUUGCCCAGAUUGUGCGGGAGCUGAAAAAGACCAAGUAUCAUGAUGUCAAAAUGACAGUGCUAGGCAGUAGAGAACAUACCUGCAUCCACCCUGACGUGUCUCGUAUGAAAGCCAAAAAUGAUGGAUGUAAAGAAUUAUUAAAUGGACCUGGAUGUCGUUUUAAAGAUGGAACAAAUCGUUUGUUAUCCCAAAGUGUAUUGAAGUCUGCUGGUCUGAGCUCUGCUUGGGACAUUGAGGAUUUGGUGCAACUCUGUCAGAAGAAAAAGGCUUGUCCAUAUUUUUUGUCAAGAGGACUUAAAGAUGAUUCAGACCUGAUAAUUUGUCCUUACAAUUAUUUAGUGGAUCCCAUCGUAAGGGAAGCAAUGGCUAUAAGUUUAAAAGGGCACAUUGUUAUCUUGGAUGAAGCUCACAAUAUAGAGGACGCAGCCAGAGAAGCGGCUAGUCAGAGUAUCUCACAGGAUAGUAUUGAGAAAGCCAUUAGCGACAUUGAUGAGCUUAUUGAAAAAAACAUCAACUUUGCUGAUUACUCACGUCUCCGAGCUGUGUUUUUCAGAUUGAAUAACUUCAUUAAUGAGAACAAAAGUAAAAUGGAACAGAAGGACUUUGACAAAGCUUACAAGAUUUGGUCAGCCUUUGAGAUUGUGGCCCAGUUGGACUCUUUGGGCCUUGGACCUAAACACUUUCCUGAUUUAAAGUCUGCAUUCUCUGCAGUUAAGGCUGAUGCUGAACAAAGGAAAGAAGAGGCUUCUAACUCCACCAGGUUCAUUGAAGUUGUUGAUAUGAAGCCAGCCACUGAAGGUCUCUUGACUCAGAUCUUUCAAGUGCUGGAGUAUCUCUACAGAUCUGAUUUGAAAUAUGUGGACGAUUUCAGGGCAUCUUUAGUCCAGUCGUAUGAAUAUGUUUUUACACACCAAGAUAAUCAGUGGCUCAACUCAAAGAAAGGUGGUAACCAGAGCAGAAAAGCUACAGAAACUUACACCUUCAAUUUCUGGUGCAUGAAUCCUGGGGUUGCAUUUUCUGAUUUCUCAGAGACUCGUAGCAUAAUUCUAACCAGUGGGACACUGUCACCUCUGACCUCUUUCCAAUCUGAGCUUGGGCUCAACUUUAGCAUCCAGCUAGAGGCCAACCAUGUUAUUAAAGAUUCACAGGUUUGGGUUGGAACAAUCGGAGCAGGCCCAUCUGGCAACAAGCUGCAGGCAGUCUUUCGAAACCUGGAAACAUUUGCGUUUCAGGAUGAACUGGGUGGCCUGGUUUUAAAAGUUUGUGAAAUUGUGCCCCAUGGUGUGCUGUGUUUCUUACCAUCAUACAAAGUUCUAGAGAAGCUCAUGAAUAGAUGGGAGAACAUUGGACUUUUAAAAAAACUGGCCAGUAAGAAGAAAAUUAUUGUUGAGCCCAGAGGUUCUGACAAAGUGGAUUUUGAAGGACAGAUGCUAAGUUUUUAUGAGGCUUUAAGGUCGGGAAGUAGUGACUCUACAGAUGAUGAAGAUGAAGAGGGGGACAGUGUCACUGGUGCUAUAUUUUUUGCUGUUUGCAGGGGCAAAGUGAGUGAAGGUCUGGACUUUGCUGACAACUUUGCUAGGGCUGUGAUCACUGUUGGUAUACCGUAUCCUAACUUUAAGGAUGUCCAAGUUGAACAGAAACGAAACUACAAUGAGACUCAUAAACACUCACGAGGUCUACUUGGGGGUCAUCAGUGGUAUGAGAUACAAGCAUUCAGGGCUCUCAACCAAGCUUUAGGACGGUGCAUUCGUCACAGGAAUGACUGGGGAGCUCUCAUUAUUGUAGAUGAAAGAUUUGUUAGAGACCCACAGAAAUAUUGUACCGGUUUAUCCAAAUGGGUGAGAACCAAAAUUCAGUCUCAUCAUAAUUUUGCUCUAGCCAUGGACUCACUGACUCAAUUCAUUGCUACCAGAGUUAGUGCUGAUAAAGAAACAAGUGCUAACUCUAGUAUGCUGGAGGCAUCAAACAUCUCAUCACCACUCAGAGAAGUGCCUGUCAACCACACUGUUUGCGCUUCUGUCACCACACCCACUCCAGUCACAGCUCAACAAUUAUCACUGCCAGAUAAAUCCAAUUUCUCCAUAUUUAGUGUGAUGAAGCCAUUUCCAGCAAAAUAUAAACAGCCAUCAAAGGAAAGUAGUAAAGUCAAUGUGUCCAGUCAAGGAGACACCAACUCCAUCACCUCCAAAGUCAAUGGUCUCAGCUGUUUCAUGCCCAAUCAAAAACAUGUUCAUCCUAUACACAGCCUGCAGAGCCCCAAGCUCAGUGGAGCAGCAGGUUGUUCCAGAGAAGCCCCAGUAGUCAUUGACAGUGACACUUCUCACAAGGAAGCUCUGAGUAACAAUUCUAGUCAUUCCAUUGAAACCAGUCACAUUAACAAUAAUACUCUUCCAUCAAAGACAAGUAAUAAUGUUGAUAAUGAAACAGCUAAGCAAGUGUCCUUAACUCCUGCAUACAUUCUUGAGAAAAAAAUUGACACUUCUGACAUUGUUCAGCUUUGCAUUAUUACAGAAAAAGCAACCAAUGGAGAAACUGCAAAGGUGGUUGAAAUUCCUGAAAUACUUCGUUCUCUGUUUGGGGGAAACCUACGUCUUCCCCUUUCCAAUAAACAAAGACUUGUUUAUAUUGUUGAACCCCCGACCUCACUAGGUCAAAGGCCAACUGCCAAAAUAUCUAAAAUAUCAGAAGAAGAAACACAGUCUCUAGUGGAUAAAGCUAAAGCUGCUGAAAGUAUGCCAUGUGAAGAUGUUUCUUCCAUCAGAGAUAAAAGUCUCUCUGCCUCAACAUCAGAUCUUGCUAAAAAACUAUAUCUUCAAGAUCCAGCUAUCAACUCAACAGUCUCCUACAGUCCUUCACAAAAAAAUGUGAACUCUAUAAGCAAAUCUCAAGUUUAUUCUGCAAUCAAACUUGCUACAGUUCCUUUGUCAUUAAUAUCAUCUGCUGUAACUUCAUCAUUUGAAAACUCUCCAAAUAAAAUACAAAUUUCCACUGAAUCUAUAGAAAGCAGCCAAAGUCACUUGAUUGGAGCUAUCUCUAAAAUUAAUGCAUCUAACGGUCUUGAUAAUUCCUCACCCAAUCAAGUCAAGUCUAAUCCCAUAGUGCACCAACCUACAAGUGCAUCUUUUGCUGAAUCACCUCGUGUUCUUCCAAGAAACAAAAGAAGGCUUUUUAAGACUCGCAUUGUUCCUGUGUUAGGUCAAGACAAACCAGAAGAAAUAUCUCAACUUCCAAAACCACAGAAAUCUAAUAACAGUAACACUGCAAUUGAUUCAAAUAUUUCCAUCCUACAUAAACCGGAGAAUAAGUCUACAAGUGAGGCAACACCACAGAAAUCUAAGAGCAAACCUACAGCUGAAGCAAGUCCUAAAACACCAGGAACUUCCCCUUUGUCCUCAUUUGUAGAAGACCCUGAUGAAGAAAAUUUUGAAAAAGAGCACAUUGUAAUUAGACGCAAAACCAAGAAAAGAAAAAUUUCACUUCGCCAUUCAGCUAAAAAGAAGCCAAAGGAAGAAGGAGCCAACUAUAUAUGUUCUACAAAGACCCAGAGUUGCAAGAUGUCUUUCAGAUGUUCCACUUGCAGUCAUGUGAUAUUUCAUGAGAAAGCUCCCUCAGACUUCUACCAACAGCAGUGCAUGCCAACAUUUCUAAGAGACAAGUCAAUGACAGGAAACAUUGGUUGUUAUUUUUUCCCUUCCAAUACAAGUCUUGAAGGGCUGGUCACACAAGUUACUAACAGUCCUGGUAUUAGUACCAAGUACAUUGAGCAAGAAGAAAUAUGUAUACAAUAUCUGUACUGUGCACACUGUUUCUCACAGGCACCUGACACUGUCCCCCAUUUCUUGGGAGCUCAGGUCCAGUUGGCUGCAGCAGCAGAGGCAAGAUACAGUAAAGGACAGAUGUGGUUAUUGGAAAACUGUGUACAGAUAGAACACCUAGCAUUGAAUAAAGAGAUUGAUAAAAGCAGCUAACAAUUUUAAGCCUUUCUAAUAUUGUACAUUGUAUUUUAUAUUCUAACUACUUAUAUUUUUACUGUCAACAUGAAUGUAUAUCAAUAAAAAAAAAAUUGAAUACAAAUCUAA